UUUACUUUCCGUAAUAUUCUAUACAUUUAAACCUGCAUGUUUUUUUUAAUUCAACGAGCAAACAAAUACAUCUGGUUUGAUAUCGAAGGUUCAUAAAGGAUCAACUUUGACUUGUUUUCUCAUUGAGAGCUACAAAAGUUCCAAAUAUUGUACUAGUAAACAACUCUUCAUCAACUCUAAGUUUCUCAUAACUAAAGCACAAAGGGCAGCCUACACCCUCCUACCCCUUUUACCACUUUUACGAAGAGUGCGAUCAGUUGAAAGGUUGGAAUCAAUGUAACGUCCUCUAUAUGUGACCAAUUCUCAUCCAGACCGAACAAGGGAUCUAAGAGCAAAUCAGGCAUCUUGAUCUGGAGUGUUCUGUCUUGUUACUUCUCGUAGCCCUAACUUAAUAGCAGUUAUUCCAAUUCUGAGACACAUCCUGCGCUGCCAACAUAGUUGUGUAUGGAGAAGAUUCAUCUCUAUCAGCCUUUACUUUCAUGCCACCAGUAAUGCAUACCAAAGUUUCUCUCCUAGAUAAAUCAGCUAUAUGUACAAUAAUGUUGAGGAAAAGCAAAGUUUGUAUCAUGAUGAGUGUAACUAAUUUUACAAUAUAAGGGAUUAAUCUCUCGUACAUGUAGACAUGCAUGUACAUCUAACCCAUAUCUCAAAUGUGUACAGUCACCAUUUCCCAUGCUUGAGAUAGUUUAUAGAUGGAUAUAUGGUAAACUGUUUUAAGAGUGCUCAAAUGACAACUAUUAAGUGGUUAUGGAACAGUAAAUUUAAAAACAGAAAUGAGAAGUAAUAGUCCCUUUGUAUAAAUAAUACGAGUAUGUACUUACACACUUGCAGAAAGUGAAAAAAACUGAAAAAAUAGGUACUCAACUAGUUAUUUUUUUCAAAAGAAGCUAAGAUAUAAUCUGUUUUAAUUUCUAAAGCACCCCAAAAGAUAUGAAAAAUCAAACGUAAACUCAAAAUACAUGUAAUAACGACAAGACCAUAAAAACAACAACAUUAAUAUCACAUUAAACAAACAAACUAAUAAUUCUAAUGAUCACUUUGAUCCAAAUGAAGUGUGAAAACAAAAAGAAUGCUCCAUACAAAACAUAUACUGCCUAAAGUAGCAACACUUUAUUGACUCAAGGACAUAUGGAAUUUCAAUUGCGUCUGCUAGGUACCUGUGCUGCAUAUGCUAUCAACUUAUAGCUCUUCAGAGUCGUGACUAUAUGUCUAGCUUGAAUUUGCAAAUGGUGUCAUCAAUAGGUAGACAACUUUGAUGAAGACUUUUUAUACACAAAGAAACUGUCAUUACUUGAGAAAACAUUCCAACCACCUGAAUAAAGUUGAAAAUACCCCAAAAAUCACAUUACUUAACAAGUACCGUGAAAAGCACUGUAGGUUAGGAAUAGUGUAUUUACUCUAUUAUUUUACCCCCCAAACGAGGACUAUUUUUUUCCCUUGGGUGCGCUGACUUACCAGACUUUGACAUCUUGCUAUUCUACAUAAUUCCAGUCAAAUUUACAUCACUUAAAAUAUGAUUGAAGGAUGAAGAAGAUGCACUAGACUCGACACUAGUAGAAACUCGCAAUACAUCCUGAAUAAGACAACACGAUGUAAAAAAAAUUGCAACAAGUUGUUAGAGUUAACAAAAUUGGGACCCAUAAUAUUAGAAGUUAGUAAUUUAGUAAUACUAGAAGCAAUGGUACUGAAAGGUGGCCAACUGUCACUAGUAUUCCUAAGAUGGAAAAAGCUGCUAGAAAUAUAUAUACUCACCUGGUUUUAGUUUCCUAGUAACAAUUUCACUUUUAGAAGCUCAUCAUUCUCAUAUGAAACUAUAAAAGAAAACAAAAGAUGCUUACUGGUAUAUUUUCCAUGUCAGCGUUCAUAGAAGGAAAAGGGAUUGUGCUCAUUGAAAUUGUCUUUACUCCCUUGACUGUGAAUAACCAACUAAAGAAUAAUGUUAGACUUAUAAACAUUGUUAUACGAGGGACCUCGUAUUUAGACAUAAGGAGUUUAGUGGUUUACUUUUACUCUUGAAGUUUCAAGUGCUCAUGUUAUAUAUUCAUGUAAACCUUUUGCUUCACUAUCAUCCAAAGUAAUCUUCUGUACAACAUAUCAAGAUAUCGAUAUACAAAACAAAUCUAUGAACAAAAAAUGAGAAAGAUUAUGAAAUUAAAUAAGAGUGCUACAUUAAUAUGGAUGAUGACUUUUCAAAAAUAUAUAGUAUAUAUUACUAGAUACCUUGAAAAAUGUGACGAAGAAAGCUCCACGACAAAAAAUUCCCAAUAUUAAACCACAAAAGUUGACAAGAAAAUGUCAAACCAACAUAAAAGUAUCUGAAUUUGAAACCAAUUAAACCCAAAUAAACAUUUAAACUAACACCUAGACAAUAGCAUAUACAAUUAUCGAACCCGGAGUGUAAAAGACAUGAAUAAAUAUCAAAUGUAUUGUAAAACAGGGAAUUUUACCUAAAUAGAGUGGUGAUAUAAGAAUAGCGGUCAGCGCUGUAGGUGGAGGAACGCUAGAGGAGGAAUGGGAGUCGCCAAAUGUCCGUGGAAGAGUUUGUUUAGUGGACGAAUGAUGUUCAUCGAUCAUCACUAGAGGAGUGCUAGUGGAGGAAUAGAAGUCGUUGAUUGUCGUGGGAGGAGUGCUAGUAAAGUUAUGGCUGUCAGCGGUGGAGGAACGAAGACGGCCCGCCUCAUAUUUUCUGGAUGCUUUGCCCUCCGGUCCAACUCAGUUCUGGAAUCAGAGCUCGCCACCAUUUUCAUCGGAGCUGCACGGACAAUAGAGGUUGGUUACUCUAACAUCGAAUCAGACUCCCUUGCUUCAUUUUCACUUCUACGCUCCCCAGGCGAGCCCAAAUCCUUCGAAAAUCAGGCACUAUAGAUCUGACACAUGACCUCCACAGGACUCUCUCCAACAUUGCUAUAGGAGGGCUGGUUGUGACUUGCGAUGUUGUGCCGGAGGUUGAGGAUCGAGCGGCUAGGGCAACAACGGACUUGGGUUUCGCUUCGUUUGUGAAGUCUUAAGGCGACACAUGGUUAGUUUUUUUUGAGAACAUUCGAUAAGGGUUAACAUUAGAACGGAUACGAAAUGCAUUUCUUUUAAUUAGACUAAUGACCCCGAGCUAGAUAAUAAAUUUAUGCAAAUUAUAAAUAUGACCCCGUUUUUACUUUUUGUAUUGGUUACUCAAUCUACCCGUUAUGAAUACAUUUUUUAUUUUACGAAUUCAACCCACCCAUAACCAUAAACUUUUAAUUAAUUAUAAACUUAACCCUGUGUUACUCUACCAUAAGGGUUAAUCAAUUAACCCAUAUAAAAUCCUAGUUAUAGAAUGCAUAUUUUGCACUAGUGUCAAUCCGGUUGACCACACAUCAACGACUUCAUAUCGAUGAUCAUAAGGUUAUACGAUUCAAGUAUCCAGAGAUAUUUUUUGAAGUUCUCAAAGUCUUCGGCCUAAGAGAAAUGAUCAAGAUUGAUCUUCGUUGAGUGGUCCCUAGUCAACAACACACCAUCACCAUUGUUAAGGGGUCCAUUCACUUCUUCGGAUUGAUUGCCUUCAUUGUUUCCUUCAACUCUUGGUAUGUCACACACUUGUUUCCUUUAAAGAACAAAUCGGCCACACCACCUUUCUCAUUCUUUUUAACAAAUGUGGGUCGGGUGGUGUAUGCAGGCAGUUCGGUAAUUUUACAAUAAUCUUUAAAAGUGAACUUAUAAAUCUUCACUCUUAUAUAUGGAAAACCGUAGCUCAUCCACGGGUUGUUGUCGAACCAGCCGCAACAACAACAUGUGAACAAACUGGCCAGAAAAUUGGAGGUCUAGAGGGCAAAUUAUACCCUACGACCGGCACACCAUGAGGAUGGUGUGUCGGAUCCCAAUACCUACCGUUUUUGCAAUUAAAAUCGUUUCUCUCAUUCAUCACCGCACAUCUUUCUUCUCCAGCACCCUUUCCAGGCAACUACUGACGCAAGGUUUCCUCCCCAAUUUUUUAUUCUUCCCAUGCUUCCAGGGGUGAGGCGCAUCCCACAUCCCAUUCACCCUCGCCUCUUUCUCCGACUUCUUCACCCGCAACAAGAAAUCCGUGUACCUCACCUCUGCUUCCCACCUCAACUUCUCGCAAUAUCCCAGCCCUCCCAUCGCCUUUUCCAUCAUCUAAUCAUCUCACAAACAAUAAACAAAUUCAAUUUAUCAAUCAUCAUAACUACCUCACCAUUCACCAAACACUAGCUAGUUUCACUUCUCCAAAUCGAAUUUCAUUAUGUGAGAAGCAAGGAAGCAUAUUUUAUGCAAGUAUAUGGAGUGCGUGUAUAUAUAUAUAUGUAUAUAUAGAUAUGCAGCGUGUGUAUAUAUAGUAAUUAAUGCAUGAAGUUAAAUCUCUGUAAAAACGUUUUACAUUUCAACAGUCUACAUUUUACAUUUCAACAGUCUAAAGUUACAUAUCCCAAGUUACAUCUAAUUUGUUUCCAAGUUACAUUUCAAUUAAUGUAGUUUACAUUUCAUUGAGUUACAUGUGAAUGAAUGUAAUUUACAUUUUGGUUAACUUGAAGUUACAUGUGUAAUCACACGAGUUACAUCUCAUAUAGCAAUGGAUGCAUGGUGCUCACCAUGCACCGGUUGCACGGUAUAAGCACUCGGUCUGGAGUGUUAGCGAGAUGUUCUCAUGGAAGCUUCUUGAACAACUCCCAUUGACUCAUGGGUAUGGAAUCCAACAAGUUUCCUAUCUUGCCAAAUAAAAUAGGAGCACAAAGAAUAUUGGGUCGGGAAAUGGGACUCAAUGAGAGUGAACAAUUCAUGCUUCUUCCUACGAAUAACACAAAUGAAGUCAUAUUUGUACACACAUAAUGAGUUACACCAAAUUCAAUUGUACACCCCAAACCGCCCGUGCACCGAUCAACCUCCCAGACAGCAUAAAAAUCCUACAAGAUGGCCUGGCCCCUUAACAACCCCAAACCUCCAGUUCACCGUCUUUAGGUUCAUCAGAUUCAAUAUUUCGAGUGUAAAACUUCGAAAAUACCGUAAUGAUUUCAAAAAAUAAUUAAUUAUCAAGGAAGACACAUCACACAUCACAAACUACGGACAAAUCAAGUCAUAUGUAAACACAUAAAACGACUUCAAUCAAAAUCAAUUGUACAACUAAACCGCCUGUCCACGCCCACAUUGUCCACGGACGUUAUAUUUUGAUCUCCCAGACAAAAUCAAAAUCCUACAAUCUGGCCCCUUAAGGAUUCUAAAUCACCAUUACAGUGUGUUUCUCACUUCAUGAAACUCAAUAUUUCAAGUGUAAACUUCAAAAAUACCAUAAUGAUUUCAAAAAAAAAAACACAAACCACACAUUAUGGGAUGACAUUCAACAAUACUACUCACAAAUGUGUUCAAGAAGUGGAUAUUACCUUUUAUUUGAAGACUCAACCAAGGAUGACAGUGACGUACAGACCAUAGUAAUGGCUUGUUCCGGUGGAAAUUGGACACCGGCUUUUGCUGUGAUGAGAGGCCAGGAGUGGAGAUUGGCGCUUGGUGACAACGACCCUGUGUUUGAGACGAGGAUGGUGGCUUCAGAUCGGGAUGUUGGACGAAGAACAACAACGAUGUGGUGGGGGGUGUGGAACCGCAACAGAGAAAGAGAAAAAGAACGAAGAAAUGAAUGGAGGGGCGGGAGUUUUGAGAAGAGAGACACAACACAUGAGGGGAAGAGGUGGUAAAAUAUCUAAGCUGUUUUUU